GGAGAAGGUGGUAGUAACUUGUUGAAGAAGGUGAAGCCAUAUGUCGCCAUGGUUUUGCUGCAGUUUGGUUUUGCCUGUUCUUCCAUUAUUGCUACUGCAACUCUUAAGCGUGGAAUGAACCACUUCGUUCUUGUUGUUUAUCGAAACGCUGUUGCUGCUGUUGUUCUCGCUCCUUUUGCAUUCUGGUUUGAAAGAAAAAGAAGACCGAAGCUCACCCCGAUGACCUUCCUCAUGAUAGUGGGACUAGCCAUUAUGGAGCCUGUGAUAGACCAGAACUUUUAUUACAUGGGAAACAAAUUGACCUCUGCCAGCUUCACUUCCUCUUUUUACAACAUACUUCCAGCAGUUACUUUCAUAAUUGCUCUUAUUCUCCGGAUGGAGAAAUUGAAGCUGAGACAAAGACGUAGCCAAGCGAAGCUGAUCGGCACAGUGGUGACUGUAGCAGGUGCAGCUUUGAUGAUACUAUAUAGAGGACCAAUUGUCAACUCCAUUUGGUCAAAAAGUGAGACCCUGCACAACACCCAAGGUGUUGACCAGGUGGGCCAUGGUGGAGGGACCAACUUGGUCAGUGGCACUUUCAUGCUGCUUAUCAGCACUGUGGCAUGGUCUUCCUUCUUGAUAUUACAAAAUAAGACAUUGGAAGUUUAUCCUGUUGAGCUCUCCUUAAGCGUUUGGAUAUGCGCCAUUGGUGUGGUGCUAAACACUGUUAUCGCAUUAGUGAUGGAAAGAGGAAGAGCGCAGCCCUGGAUUAUUGGAUUUGAUUUGAGGUUAUUAAGUGCAGUGUACACUGGUAUAAUAUGCUCUGGGGUUACCUACUAUGUGCAAGGGAAAGUGAUGAAGGAGAGGGGUCCAGUUUUUGUGACCGCCUUCAAUCCUCUCAGCAUGAUCUUCACUUCUGCUAUGGGUGCCAUCAUACUAGCAGAGGAAAUAUCUCUAGGAAGAAUUCUUGGGGCUAUUGUCAUAAUGAUAGGACUUUACUCUCUAAUUUGGGGGAAGAGCAAUGAUCAUAUAAUUUCAUCAAUCAAUUACAAUGGUACAAGCAAAGGAGAGGCAGAUCAUCUACCAGUAUCUGUUUUGAAAGGGAUCAUACCGGAUCCUAAUGAUGACCCCACUUUCAUCAAGUUGCCAGUUAUAAAGAAUUAAUCCCUAACAAGCAAGGAAUGGUGGAAAUCCCAUUCAUUAAUAAGUGCAUAGUUGUAGAAACCAGU